AUAGUGGGCCAGAUUCUCCUCACUGCUCCACAUUUUCUGGACUUUCAGCGCUUUUCCUGCGAGUUUCAGCAGAUUUACAGAGCUCUGGAAGACGGUGUGAUUCAGCAGAGAGCGAGUUUGGAGGAAAACUGUGGGGAAAAUGAGUGGAACUUACCCAGGUCAGGUCCUGCUGCUGCUGCUGCUGGUGUUUAUCUGUCAGAUGGUGGCUGUAUGGGGGCAGGAAUGUCCUGGAACACCAGAGCUGCAGAACUCCCUCCGCCAAGCUCACAAACUGCUCUCAGCUCAUGAAGCCUCAUACAUGCAGAGUCUCCGCACGCUGAGGAAGAAGCUCAGUCUGCUGCAGAACAGCGCUGCUCGCCUGCCCACCAAAGCUAACAAUGUGACCUGUCCAAAACUGGAUGCCCCCCUCAAUGGCAGGAAGUUAGGAAAGGUUCUGCUGCCGGGACACGAGGUGCACUUCCUGUGUGACCUGGGUUAUGAGCUGGUGGGAUCUGAAACUCGCCAGUGUAAGGAGUCACUCAGCUGGAGCGGUCAGCAGCCGGUCUGCAGGGAAGUAAACGAGUGCGCCUCCUCACCGUGUGCCAAUGGGGGCACAUGCACAGAUGAGGUGAAUGGAUUCACGUGUGAAUGCGCCAAAGGAUGGGCUGGGUCUACCUGCCAGGCUCCUACACCCACAUUUUUUGUUACCGUCACCAACACAUCUGCUGCCACCACUGGAGCCGCAGCUGCCACCUCCUUUCCUUUAGAGACCCCAUCUCUGUUUGUGCGACCAUCAAAGUGCAGCCAAGUACAGGGCACCACGCACUGCACCUGUGAGGCAGGAUACACCAUUUCAGGCCGGGACACCAGUAUCUGCAUGGACAUUGAUGAAUGUGAACUGUUCCACAACGGUCAGGCAGGUCGUCUGUGUUUACAUGCUUGUGUUAACACCCCUGGCGGGUACCGCUGUACGUGCCCUGAGGGCUACAACGUGACCCGCGAUGGCCGGAGCUGUAAAGAUAUAGACGAGUGUUCCACCAGGCAGAACAACUGCAGCCGUGACCAGCUGUGUGUUAACACCUAUGGAGGUUUUCAGUGUGUUAAGAUGGAGUGCCCUCGCAUCCGAAACGCCACCUACGUCAAAACCUCCCCCACGCGCUGUGAGAGGAACCCCUGUGCCGUAGACAAUAAGGCCUGCUCACAGGCUCCUAACUCCGUGUCUCAUCACUACAUGUCGGUGGUGUCUAACCUGUCCGCUCCGCGGGUGAUGUUCCGCGUGUCGGCGGUGAGGGUGCUGGGAGACACGCUCAGAUUCGCUCUGCUGGGAAGCCGCGGCCGCCGGCACUUCACCGUGCAGCGCUCGGACCGGCAGACGGGUCAGCUGCUCCUCGUCAGUCCCAUACAGGGCCCGGCUAUGCUGGAUGUGGAGGUGGAGAUGAGCGAGCUGGAGCGCAGGGUGGUGAUUGGUCGCUACAUCACUAAAAUCACACUCUUCGUCUCUCAGUACGACUUCUAGAUCCACAAGCUGCUGGAGUUUAAAGCUAAAGGUUUAAAGGGAACUCUGACUGUUAAGAAUCUGGUAUCGAGCAUAUGGUACACAGUCAUGGCCAGAAAUACUGGAACACUGCACUUCUUUCAGAAAACUAAACAGUGCUUUUUAAAUGAAUUAAUAGCAGGUUUACACUACACAAUUUUAGCCCAGUUUUCCAGUCGCCAAAAGUUUUUCAUUGAUUGCUAACAAAAACUCUGCUCGAACUUCUCACUGACUGAGUGUUGACGAGUUGCAGAUGUCUGGCAAAUAGUUGGCAUGCUAAACAUCUGACCCAGUUAGCGAAUGGGAUUGAGGAACAGUGGCUACCCACAGUCAAUAGAAUCACAAAGAAAGAGAAUCACAGGUCCAAAACACAUCCUCUGCAUUAGCGGAACUGUUUAUUGAGAGUCUGACCACCUUCUGACACCCUAUGUUAGAUCAUGAAAUGACUCUAGAAGGAGCAUGUGAGUGAGUCCUCUAUGAAUGGGGUGAAUGGAGCUAAAACUUUAAAUUAAAAAUAAUAAUCAACUACUUGUUCUGAAUAUUUGAAUAAUGUUUAAAAGUUCAAACCAAUAACAAAAUUAUGUCUGUCGUGCUGAAAUUGUUUUGUGUUAAGUACAUAUUUCAGUUUAAAUCUGAUCAGACAUUUAUAAACUCUGAUUUUGCUCAGUUGCUUCAUAUAAACGUAUUCAUUUUGGACUUUAAAGUGCAUAUUUUCCUCUAUAGAGAUUUUGUGGCAUGUUAUCACUUGUUCUUAGUGUGUUUAGUUCUGGUGUGUUUUCGUGAUGAAGAGCCGCCGGGUGAAAAAUUUUGUAAUUUGCAACCCUGUGUCGCUAAUCAGUCAUGUAGUGUGAAAGUUUCAAUAACUGAAAGACUCAUGAUUACAGCACAACCAGUCGUGUAGUGUAAACAGCACAAUGACUGAUGAUAUAAAAGGUUGUGUAAUGUGAACCUGGCAUUAAUUACCAAAACUUAAAUACUACAGAAAUUUGGGAUGACUUAAGCUGACUCAAAAGCCAAACUAACUAAAAGAAAUAAUUGUUGAGAUGAGCACUCAAUUCAUUUAUGCAUGAUCAACUUUGUAGCAUAUUUUAGUUAACCUGAACUGAUUCAGUUGAGUAUUAGUGACUCUGCACUGGUCUAUGACUGCAGUCAACGAUUUAAAUGAAAUAUGAUGAACUUUAGAGUGUGGCUUAUAUCUAAGUAGUGCAACUUUAAUGUGUCAAACUACAUCCCUACUGGCUCCUAGGAUCAUUUAUUUGCAUACUGGGUGUGUCUUCUCCCCACUUAUUCACUCACUCACUUACUCCACAUCAGUGUGUAGUCAUUUCCCACAGGCCACUUUCCCAUGUGUGCUCACAUGUAUUUAAUAUUGUGGUUCAGCUGCCAGGCUUCAGUGUUAAAGGUUGUAAGAGCAAGUUAACCCUUUCUCUUCUGCUGAGAGUGACUUUAAGUUGACUGAAUACUACAGUGAUCACUCAUGGACUCAAUGCCCGGUUUUAAAUUUUAAUUCGUUUUUCAUUUGUGUUAGGAAUUAGCUGCUAGCAACAUUUAAGUUGCAUGUUUACCCAGUUUAAAUAAGGUAAAAAAGUGAAGACAGCACAGGUCUAGCACCUCUGCUGGCUGGUUGCUGUAUAAUUUGUAGCUCUGCCCAUACCUAUAUGUAAAAAUGAUUGAAUAAAUCUAAACUGUCAGUGUAAACUCCUUUCAGACAGUCUGCUUGUUCUGGAAUAGGGGAUAAAACAAAUAAAUAGUUUGCAGGCUACAGCAGGCUAGGUUAUAGAACUAGAGGGAAUGGAAUUACAGUUUUAUGUCACAUGUUUUCUAAAGGAGUUGGUUUUAACUGUUUAACUGUUUUCUGAAAGAAGUGGAAGAGUGCUAGUACUGCUGGCCACAGCACACAUUAUAUUAAUAAUAAAUACAAUAACUAACAUUAGUUUUAUGUAUCAUAUACAGUUUUUAUCAUAUAUUACUAUUACAGGACAUGUACAAUAUUUAAGACCCACAGGUCUGACCAAUCAGAGUUCCCAAGGUUCUUCAGAAAACAGAUUUUGAGAUUAACCCCUAAAUGAGGUGCUAAAUGAGGUGAGUUAAUUCUGGGUUGGAGGUGGAUCCUGCAGGAGGAGGGUGAGGGGUUGCUGCGUUUGUGAUUAGAUGGCAGGAUGGUGAUCUGACAGUGAUUUUUGCAUGUCAUAUUGGAACCAGAUCUAUUGCGUGUCAGAUUUAUCCAGCAUUUGAAUGUACAAACAGGUUAUUCAACACAUUCAAAACAUGUGUUAUUUAUUUAACUCUAUUUAUAUCAUUUUUCUAUCUAUUUAGCAAAAGCUCUGUUUCUUUCUAUAAUGUCCACUGUAUGUUACAGGCCAUACAUUUGGAAGCAACAGUUAUUUAGGAUUUUAAUAGAAAGUUUAUUGUGGUAACACUUUACAACAAGGUUACAUUAACAGUACUUACAGCAGAAUAUCUCAGCUGAUUAUUAACUUACACUAAUUAAGACAUUAUUAAUCAUCAAAUGUUUUUAACUAAUGUUUAAAAAUUGUUUUUUACAGUAUUCCUAGUUAUCGAAUUUAGUGAUGUUUAAUACUGUCUUAAUUAGUGUCAAUUAAUCAUUAUUUGAAACAUUGCUUAACAAUGUUUAUUAAUGCCACAGUACUGUUAUUUGGGACUCAUGUUCUUAAUAUCAUCCCUAUUUUCCGGACAUAAUCCUGUGUAAAAGUGCUGUAUUAAUCACAUUUAAAUAUCUGAUAUGACUAAUUAAGUAACUAAAAUUUAAUAUGAUAAUAAUAAUUAUUAUAACAAGGUAGAAGGGUAUUUUUUUUAUUUAUUAUUAUUUUGUAUUUAAUGUUUUAUUUGAGGUUUGGUCUUUUAGUUUUAAACAAUGGUACCACUUUAAAAUAGGUUUCCUUUAUAAAGGCUUUAUAAAUAGGAGUUUAUUUUAAAAGGAGUUUAAAAAUAGUUAAAAAAUGAAGUUGGUAAUACUUUAAUACUUUAUUAGAUUUAAACAUAUCUAAUAAAAUUAUAUAGAAAAUGAGCUUAGUCAUUUAAUAUGUUAUUAUAGUUAAAUAAGCAUCUAGCUAGUAAAUUAAGCAUCUAGUAAGAUCUGAGGUUUAACCGUUUAAACAAACCACUAAUAGUGAAAUCACUAUUUGGUACAUGACAGGCCACUGUUGCCUUUUUUAUAUUUAUCUAUAUUAUUUCUGCUUAUCAAUGGUUUAUAACCUAAUUAUUAACCAUUAUUAAACUCCUUUAUACACUAUUUAUAAUCCAUUUAUAAAGGAGCCUUAUUUUAAAGUGGUACCCAAACCUUAUUUAAAAGAAUAUAUUCAAAAUAUGUCUUAUACAUCUUACAUUUUUAUUUUUUCAAGACAUAAUGAACACUAAUGUGGAAACUGUUGUGCAAAACCUUGUAUUUUCAUUUAUGCACGUUUUACUAUUUGACAUGAUAUAAAUCUGUUUUUAUUUAAUGAACAGUCUUCAAAUACAGUCUUUUUUACAUUAACUUGAAAGAUUUUUGUUUUUCCCCUCUCUUGUAAAGUUGAUAUUAUUAUUCAUUACGUCUUUUAAAAAUGGCUUGUGAUUUUUAUGUGCUUUUUCAAAUGUGGGUUUUGUACAGAACUAGAAGGGCACGUAAUAAAUGGACUCUCUGGAGUAACAGUGAGUGUAGAACUGACUGAUGCUCAAUCAGUUUGACCCUGAAUUCUGGGUCAGCUGUGAUAAAUUAGUGAGUUUAUAAAGAAUUUAAAAAAUUAUUUAAAAAAGCAUGAAGAUCAAUUUCCAUAUUAUAUAUUAGAUUAAGUGUUUAUUUACAUUAUUGCUAGACUAUGUAUUAAUUACUUUAGAAAGUCUUGUGGUCUGGCUAAAGGAGAUGCCAGUACACGCUGUAUUGGUUGUUGGCACACUGAUUUAUAUCUAAAAUAUUCUGAAAAUUUCAGAAAUUUCCUGUGUUCCAUACUUUUGGUCUGUAGUUGUACGUGUGAAUACAGAUUUGUCCUGCAGCCCAAAGAAAACAGGACGUUCCUGAUUCUGUUUGGCAUCCAUCUGUUGGUGUUUUCUGGAUAAAGAAUUCCAGUGGGAAUUGAACCAGGACCCCCAGCUAUGGACAGCUUUUGGCACAGCUGGGCAGCAGAUAUGAACCCUAGUGGUAGAGCUCGGCUCGGCUCUGCACUGGUACAGAUAUAUUUAUUAGCAGUAUUUACAGUAAUACAUUAGUAAAGGCCACUGAUCCUGUUCUGAGUGACAACACUGGACCUGUUCAAAACAGACAACCAGGAAGUUACAAUGAAGGCUGUAGCCAUCGGGAUGGCCAUAACUGCUGUCUGCAGUGUAGCGGCUGUAUGUGAAAACUUCCAUAUAGGUUUAUUACACAGGGUUGUUCAAUUUCUAUAAUAAUAGUAGAUUCAUUUGCCAGCAAAUAUUUUUGGAUAUUAAGUUUCUCCAUCUAUGCUUUACUAUAUAUUUCAAACACAAUUUAUUUCAAACAAAAAUUGUCAACCCAAUAAAGAUUUUAUCUACAUUUUGUGUUACC